AUGAACGGGUUCACAGGAGUUAAAAACGAAGGAACAAUGCAGGACACCAUACUCUGUACGAGUGUCUGGCCAUCUACGUCAUACGAGCUUUUUGGUCCAGAACAAUAUGCCACACUAGCAGCAUAUGCCAGAAGAGAGAUAGCAGCAUCCUCACGUUCACAUUCACAGGUACCACCUGAGACAGAGCACAUGAAGGAACUGAGAAGGAUUAUGACACAUGUGCAAGAAUCGACACACAAGCCUUUUGAAAUGGUUACUGAAGAACUCCUCAGAAACAGCCUUCCGUCAGGCGGAAAUCAAAUUAAUCAGGUUUCAGCUAUUCUAUGCGUGGCAGCUUCUCUCAGCACAAUGACAAGGAUCCGACCACAUGGGGUUACAGACAUGGAACCAGAGACUACAACGAUCUGGAGGACACAUUGUUCUCUGAAUACCAUCAUAACGCAACUCUUCGAAACGACAUCGUCCACUGAGCCAAGUUGCCGACCCAUCAGCCCGAAGUUGACAAUAGGGCUUCUGGCUCAAUAUCACAACUGCAGAGUUGUCUGGACAGAUCGGUUGGACAAACAUCUCAGUAUCCAAAAGCACCGCGGCGAUAGGAUCGUUCUCAUCUUUCAGCACAAAAUCUGGCUCUCUGCCCAUCUCGGUCAAAACGAACGAUGUCUCGUACCCUCGGAGCUCAUUUGUGAGACCCUUGACACUCUCAAUCUCUUAUUCCCACACAACGACCAGCAGACCAAAUCAUUCCUUCACAAACAAGGUCAGAAGUUCUAUAGCCUAGGCUACUGUGGGCGAGAUAGGAAGCUGAACUUGAGUGACUAUCCUCACUGGGGCAACAAGAUUGAGGAACUCUUGGACAUGCUUGAGGGGCCGAGGAGCGGAAUAUGGCAUUUCCUCCCAAGACCAGACAAGCGAAACCUGCUCGAGUCAGCCAACUUUUGGAUUGCAACAGCGGCUGCCCUUCUCGCCUUUGUGGGGUUUGUACUUGGUCUCAUGUCUAUCGUCUACGCAAAAUGGUCAUACGACAUCAGCAGAGAGUCCCUGGUUGUUUCUCGGGACUCGCUGGAGCUCACAAGGAUACAAUAUCUACUUUCGCUGGCUCAAGCAUGCUCGGAUGCCAACGAAGCCCGACUGCUGCCAGAUUUCUGCUCAGCCGAGGAGUAA